CCUAAAACAAGCGCACCUCGUGGAAUUCAAGUUAGCUUAGCUAUUAAUGUCGCAGCGAUAUGUUUAAUGAGCUUUGCAUACUUUAUUAAAUGAAACGCUGCAUGUUGCUCGGAAACAGUGCUAACGUGAAACUAGUCAGAGAGUAAGAGCGGUGAGCGGCCAAAAUUUUUAAGAAACGAGGGUACUUGAGGAAAAGUAGCAUCAGCCUGUUGCCGAGAUGGGAGACACACUGGAGUUCAACGAGAUUUACCAGGAAGUCAAAGGCUCCUGGAAUGAUGGCCGGCUGCGCUUCAGCAAGCAGAACGUGGUGUACAAGAGCAGCAAGACCGGAAAGGUGGACAGCAUCCCGGCAGGUGAACUUAGCCUGGCUCAAUGGCGACGUGUGUGUUUAGGUCACGGAAUCAAGUUGAGCACCAGCACGGGACACAUCUACAAAUACGACGGCUUCAGGGAUACGGACUUUGAGAAGAUCUCCGACUUCUUCAAAGCAAACUACAGCGUGGAGCUAACGGAGAAGGACAUGUGUGUGAAGGGAUGGAACUGGGGAACAGCCAAGUUUUCUGGGCCGCUGUUAUCAUUCGACGUGAAUGACAUUACAGCCUUUGAGGUCCCGCUCUCCAAUGUGUCGCAGUGCGCCACAGGCAAGAAUGAAGUGACCCUGGAGUUCCAUCAGAACGACGACGCCGAGGUCUCGCUCAUGGAGGUCCGCUUCUACGUCCCGCCAAGCCAGGCGGAUGAGCGGCAAGACCCUGUGGAGGCCUUCGCCCAGAAUGUGUUGUCAAAGGCGGAUGUGAUCCAGGCCACGGGAGAUGCUGUGUGUAUUUUCAAAGAACUACAGUGUCUUACGCCCAGAGGAAGAUACGACAUCCGUAUCUACCCGACCUUCCUUCACCUCCACGGUAAGACGUUUGACUACAAGAUUCCCUACACCACCGUCCUUCGUCUAUUCCUGCUGCCACACAAGGACCAAAGACAGAUGUUUUUUGUCAUCAGUCUGGAUCCUCCCAUCAAGCAGGGCCAGACACGUUACCACUUCCUGAUUCUGCUCUUCUCCAAAGAGGAGAACAUCAGCCUCUCCCUCAACAUGAGCGAGGAUGAUGUGGAGCGCCGCUUUGAGGGCAAACUGAGUAAGAACAUGUCGGGGUCUCUCUACGAGCUGGUCAGCAGGGUGAUGAAGGCCCUGGUCAACAGAAAGAUCACCGUGCCUGGGAACUUUCAGGGCCACUCUGGUGCUCAGUGCAUCACUUGCUCUUAUAAGGCAACCUCGGGCCUCCUCUAUCCCCUGGAGAGGGGCUUCAUCUACGUCCACAAGCCCCCCGUGCACCUGCGCUUCGAGGAGAUCUCCUGCGUGAACUUUGCCCGAGGCACCACCACCACUCGUUCCUUUGAUUUUGAGAUUGAGACCAAGCAGGGCAACCAGUACACCUUCAGCAACAUUGAGAGGGAAGAGUACGACAAACUGUUUGACUUUGUCAACGCCAAGAAGCUCAACAUCAAGAACAGAGGUUUCAAAGAGAAGAAGGGCAUGAAGGGCAAGAUCGAUGAGUACAGCGACUCUGACGAAGACAAGCACGAUGCCUACUUGGAGCGUAUGAAGGCUGAGGGCAAGAUCAGAGAGGAGGGUAACGACAGCGACGAUUCUGACAGCGGCAGUGAUGAGUCUUUCAACCCUGGUGAGGAGGAUGACGACAUUGCAGAGGAGUACGACAGCAAGGCGUCGGCCAGCGACAGCAGCGACGAAGGCGAGGGGAGCGAGGAUGACAGUCCAAAGAAGAAGCAAAAAGUCGAAAAGCCCAAAGUGGUGAAGGAGAAAAAGGAAAGGAAGCCACGCAAAGAAAAGAAGCAGAAAGACAAAGGUGGCCCCAAGCGGCCAAUGAGUGCCUACAUGCUGUGGCUCAAUUCCAGCCGUGAGAGAAUCAAGUCGGAAAACCCCGGAAUCUCUGUCACAGAGAUCUCUAAGAAAGCCGGAGAAAUGUGGAGACAGCUGGGCAAAGAUGAGAAAGAGGAGUGGGACACGAAGGCGGGAGAAGCCAAACGGCAAUAUGACAUUGCAAAGAAGGAGUACAGGGAAAGCGGCGGAGGAGAUUCUUCCAUUUCCAAGAGGGAGGCCAAGAAGUCUGCAGGCAAAAAGGACGACAAGAAGCGAAAGUCCUCCGGAGUAGACAAGGAGAGGGAGCGCGGUGGCGGCAACGAGAGCUUCAAGAGCAGAGAGUUCAUCGAGACCAGCGAGAGCUCGUCCGACUCGGACCACAAAAGCAAGUCCAAAAAGAAGAAGAAGAAGAAGGAGGAGGAAUCAGAAGAAGAGGAGGAGGAAGAGGAGGCUGCAUCCACACCUGCGAGCUCAGAGGAAGAGUCUGAUUAAUCUCUCUCUCUUUCUCUCUCGCUCUCUCUCACACACACACACACACACACACAAACCAUUUCAAUAAUUUGCUCAAGGACCGGGCAUUUACACUCUUCAUGUUGACUUCUCACUACCAUGCUGAAAACAAAGCUAAUUCGCAAAGUUGUAAAUUUGGCUUUAAGACUCAGCACGACGUGCCCGACUCUUCAGUCUCCCAAGAUCUUUCCUCAAAGAUGAGCAUUCGCAUUUUUGAUGUUUUCUUUUUUUCCCUCCCUUUGUCCUUCCAUGAGGAUAUCUGUGGUAGUUUUGUAGCACUUGAUGGUGCGGUUCUUAGUUCAUAGUUUCCAUUGUCAUAUUUCCAGGCUUGAAUAAAAAUAUUUUUUUUAUAAA